UAAGUGUAUGCCGUAAUUUUGGGCAACAGGGAACAGGGAGUUGCAAGUCUGUCUCCUGUUUUGAUAAGAUUAACUAACAAAAAUUGGUUUCUAUGUUUGGGCCCAUUAUAUAUAUAACUAUGCGUUGAAACGAGCAGCUACAAUUUGUUUUCGUUAGCCCGACACAACAAACCAGCAAAAAGCCAAUAUGUUGACCUUUGAGGAAAUCGUUGAGAAGGCAAAGAAUUUCAGCAAGACUGUCACUAAGGAGGAUUUCCUGGAAUUCUAUGGCUACUACAAACAGGCCACAGUUGGCGAUUGCAACAUUGAGGAGCCAGAGGAUGAGGAACAGAAGGCUCGCUACAAUGCCUGGAAGAGCAAGGCUGGUCUGACUCUUGAAGACGCCAAAGCCCACUACAUCGAGGUGUACAAGAAGUAUGCUGCCAAAUACGAGUAAAAAUGCAUUUAAAGAACUAUGCAAUAGCUCACAAGAUUAUACAUUAUUUAUGCCACAAAUGUCCUUGUUAAUCAAAUGUAUUUAUACUAAUUUUAUAUAAA